AUGAACACGCUCUCGAACCGCCCGAAGACCCACACGACCGACGCCCUCUGCCGCGACCGCGACCAUCAAGCCUUCGACGCCCUCUGCCGCGACCGCGACCAUCAAGCCUUCGACGCCCUCUGCCGCGACCGCGACCAUCAAGCCUUCGACGCCCUCUGCCGCGACCGCGACCAUCAAGCCUUCGACGCCCUCUGCCGCGACCGCGACCAUCAAGCCUUCGACGCCCUCUGCCGCGACCGCGACCACACGACCGACGCCCUCUGCCGCGACCGCGACCAUCAAGCCUUCGACGCCCUCUGCCGCGACCGCGACCAUCAAGCCUUCGACGCCCUCUGCCGCGACCGCGACCAUCAAGCCUUCGACGCCCUCUGCCGCGACCGCGACCAUCAAGCCUUCGACGCCCUCUGCCGCGACCGCGACCAUCAAGCCUUCGACGCCCUCUGCCGCGACCGCGACCAUCAAGCCUUCGAGACGACCACGCGACCAUCAAGCCUUCGAGACGACCACGCGACCAUCAAGCCUUCGAGACGACCACGCGACCAUCAAGCCUUCGAGACGACCACGCGACCAUCAAGCCUUCGAGACGACCACGCGACCAUCAAGCCUUCGAGACGACCACGCGACCAUCAAGCCUUCGAGACGACCACGCGACCAUCAAGCCUUCCAGACGACCACGCGACCAUCAAGCCUUCGAGACGACCACGCGACCACCGCGGCCCUGCCUUCGAGACGACCACGUCGAUCAUCCAUCGCCCAGAACAAGAACACAACUACGGGACCCUCAUCCCCUCUCAAUGUCACGGGUCAGUGUAA